CUAACACAACGCCGUCAUCCUGGGUUCGUUCUUCGUCGCCGCGAGGGAAAUCUAACAUUUCUACCAGGAUCCAGUCACUUCGAUUCGAUCACUUCGAUUUUGGAAUCCCUUAUCUCUGGGUCAGUCGGGAUAACUCUCUGUUCCGAAGCGCACGUACUCUAUUGUCGCGUCCGUUGGACAUACUAUACCUCAUUUUUCGAUGUCGAAAUCAACAUACAGGACUUCGACGUUGUCUGGGCUAGUGGAUUCGGACUCUGAUGAUAUCCAAUUCGUUGAACGCGACGCAAUGCCGACCCCAGAUUCUGCGGCGGAGAACAAGGCGCCUGGGAAGAGGGGACGCGGAAGGCCAAAAGCUGCUGUGUCUGCUAAAGUAACAAAGACGAAAGCCCCUGCGCGCCGUACGAGCGGUCGCCUCGUCGCGAAGUCAAAGGCUGUAGCAGCGCCAAAGGGCAAAAGGAAAGCUUUGGCAGACAAGACGAACCAGCAACAUGCAAGCGACACGGAAGAGGUCGAGGAAUUUGACGACAUUGCUAUGGGCGGUGAACCUGAUCCCCUUGUCGCUAAAGAACCCGAAUCUAAGGCUACGAAGAAGAAGGCUCCGGUAGGACGAGGCAAGAUUGCAAAGGAAGUCUCUACAAAUACAAACUACAGUAUUGAAGACAUUACCCCCCCUGCACCACGUUUGGAAUCACGCGCGACGAAAGAGAAGCUCCCACUUAAACGACAGGCCCCUACAGCACCAACCUCCAAGGAGGUCAUCCAGGAAUCACAAGUGCCUGACAUGGAGAUUGAUGGCGAUGAAGAAGUAGAGCAAGAUAUCUCCGUAGAGAUCCAGUCUGCCCAACGUCCGCGAUCACAGUCUCGUCCUCGUCAACCUUCUGUACCACGACGAAGAGCGGGCAGUGUAUUAGAUACUGAAAGAAGCGAUCCUAUAUUGAGACGCAAGCUAGGAGAAAUGACCAAGAAAUAUGAGAGUCUCAAUGUUAAGUAUCAGGAUCUUCGUGAGAUCGGAUUGAAGGAAGCGGAGCGAAAUUUCGAGCGUUUAAAGAAGCAGAGCGAGGAGAAAACAGCAGCUUCUGAUAAGCUAAUCGCAUCGCUCAAGGCUGAUGUUGCUUCUCAUUCGGCUUUGGCAAAAGAGUCUCGGGCACUCAAGAAGAAGGUUGAAUCGCAGCUUGCGGAGAUGGCAACGCUUAAGGCUCAAGUCGCUCAGAUGAAUGCUUCUCUGGAAGAGGCACGUUCCCAAAACAAGACCUUAUCAGCAAAAUUAGCAGCAAACCGUAGCGUCGCUGCAUCUGUCGAGAGCGCAAAUACGAAGAUUCCAGGCAGCGCUGUUAAAGCCAACGGCGGUAUCCGGAUGAUGGGAACUGCAGAGGCAGCUGAAGCAGCCAAUGCAGCUCAACUAAAGGAAAACUUGUACAGCGAUCUCACUGGCUUGAUUAUCAGAGGUGUGAAGCGAGAAGCUGAAGACGAUGUUUUUGAUUGCAUCCAAACAGGUCGAAAUGGCACUCUGCACUUCAAAUUGGCUGUGGCCAACGAGAAGACGGCUGAUUGUUACGACGAUGCGCAAUGCCAAUACGUCCCUCAGCUUGACCCUAGUAGGGAUAAAGGUCUGACGGAGUUACUUCCGGACUAUCUGGUGGAUGAGAUCGCCUUCCCAAGGCUCCAGGCUGCGAAAUUCUAUGCACGAGUUGUGAAAGCUCUGACCGAGAAGGCGGAUUGAACUACUUUACGACUGACGGGUUGGCGUAUUGGCGGGUUGGGGGGGGGGUAGGUGUCAGGAGUUACAGAGUGAAUGUUUAUCUCUCGGAGUUGAAUGAGGUCCACUGCAUUCUUCCCUGUGGUACAUACACCUAAUACCCGGUAUCUUUUUGUCUAUAGAGCAUGAAGGAAGACAUUGAUUCAAUUUCGUGUCAAUCUGAGUUCUCUUUUGAGCCCUGUCGACACACGUAUUAUUAAGUUAUCAUUGAUAGUACCCCUUACCCACGUAUUAUUCCAUAAAUAAAC